ACAUAGAGUUUGGUCACCUAGAACGUCACCACGGUCACCACUUAUAUAAGAACACUUAGCUUGUGCUAUUGCAUUUUCACAAGCCACCAUUACCAUGGCGCAAAACCACCACUUCCUCAUCAUCACAUACCCACUACACGGUCACAUAAACCCUGCACUCCAAUUCGCCAAGCGUCUCAUUUCUUUCGGCGCACAAGUCACUUUUGCUACAACUAUCUACUUACACACUGGCCUUAUCAACAAACCAACCAUCCCAGGCCUCUCCUUCGCCACCUUCUCUGAUGGCUACGACGACGGUAAAAAUUUCGAAAGCAACGAAGACUUCAUCGCCUACAGGUCCGAGCUUAAGUGCCACUGCUCAGAAUUUCUAACAAAUAUCAUACUCUCCGGCAAACAGGAAGGUCGUCCAUUCACUUGCUUAGCCUACGGUAUCAUCAUUCCUUGGGUCGCAAAGGUGGCACGUGAGCUUCACCUCCCAUCAGCGCUAUUAUGGAUUCAAGCUGCAACGGUUUUUGAUAUCUACUAUUAUUACUUUCAUGAACAUGGUGACUACAUCACAAACAAAUCAAAGGAUGAAACAUGUUCAAUAUCAUUACCAGGAUUGUCAUUCUCUCUUGAAAGCCGUGACCUUCCCUCUUUUUUAUUAUCUUCAAAUAUAUAUACUAUCGCUACUCGAUCUUUCAAAGAACAAAUUCAAGUUCUAGAUGAAGAAACCAACCCUACAGUACUUGUUAACACCGUUGAAGAGUUUGAAUUAGAGGCACUAAAAGCCGUUGAUGUUGGUAAGAUCAAAAUGAUACCAAUCGGACCAUUGAUUCCAUAUGCUUUCUUGGGCGGUAAAGAUCCUAAUGAUACUUCGUCUGGUGGUGGUGUUGUCGAUGUUGAAUCAGAAGAUAAUUACUUUGAAUGGUUGGAUUCAAAGGAUGAAUCGUCUGUGGUUUAUGUUUCAUUUGGUACUCUUGCUAUUUUGUCCAAGAGACAAAUGGAGGAAAUUGGACGUGCGUUGUUGGAUUCUGGAUUUUAUUUCUUGUGGGUAAUUAGAGAUGAAAAAGUUAUGCAACAAAAAGAAGAGGAGGGUGAUAGUGAUGAGUUAAGUUGUAGAGAGGAACUUGAGAGGAAUGUUAAUGGGAAGAUAGUGAAAUGGUGUAGUCAGGUGGAGGUUUUGUCGCACCGUUCUUUGGGUUGUUUUAUGACGCAUUGUGGAUGGAAUUCGACUUUGGAAAGUUUGGGUUCAGGGGUUCCUAUGGUAGCAUUUCCCCAGUGGACAGAUCAAACUACUAAUGCAAAGUUAAUUGAAGAUUUGUGGAAGACUGGGUUGAGGGUGGAACGUGAUGAGGAAGCAGGUAUAGUGAAAGCUGGGGAAAUUAUGAAGUGUUUGGAAGUGGUGAUGGGGAAGGGAGAAAAAGGAGAGGAACUUAGAAGGAAUGCUAAGAAAUGGAAGAGUUUGGCUAGUGAAGCUAUGAAGGAAGGAGGGUCUUCGAAUAAGAAUCUGAGCAAAUUUCUAGAUGACAUUGGCUGUAUAAGUGAAAAUUAGUUAGCACUUAUUUCCCUCUGAUUUUAGCUAUAUAUCCAACUAGUGGAAUGUUAAUUUUAAAGAAGGAAAAACUAAAACUAUGUUAAUUAGAAUGUCUCCCAAUAAUGUUAUUUGUCUAGGUCAAAAUCCAAAAUGUUUCCAGUUGGAAAAUGUUGUUUGUAACAAGAAAGCUUUUAAAACAUGGUGUGAUAUAUGAUUAUGCAAUUGGUAUUAUUAAUUA